AUGGUAAUGAGAACUGAUGGAACAGUUAUGAUAUUCUUGUAUAUCUUUCAAAUUCUGUCAUUGUUUAUAACUUUCUGGUGUGUUUGUUCAUUUUCACCAGAUUUAUCAUCGUUUGAUGCAUAUGGUGUCAAAAUCGCUGCUAAUGACGUUCUCAUAGUGGAAUCACUUCCUUCGAGUUUUUCAUUUCUUGUUCGUCUUGCUCCUUUCGAUUAUUCAUUUUCAUGUACAAUUCCUUACAAUAAUACCAAUCAAUAUGUAUUUUCAGUCGCAGUUGAUCCUGAAGGAACAUAUAAUAAUCCUGUUCGUUUUGUUUUUAUUGGGAUUAACACAUUAACAAAGGUACCAUUUAUUGGAUCAUUGACGUAUGUUGGUGUGACAGGUGAUGCUUUUGUAUCAGCAACAAAUGGAUCACGAAAAGCGAGUUUUUCAUGUGUUGGAUGGCAGAUAAAUAAUUAUCGUUUUCAUCAAUUUCCUCAACUUGUCACAACUACUGAUGAUACGAUUAAUAGUGAUUGUUUCAUUGUUACCAUGGCACCACGAAAUCAACUUGCUUAUGCGUUUACUAAAAAUCUUCUCAUUGUUUAUAAUCUCAAUCAAGAGAUUAUCUCGACUCAACUUGGUAUUAUCACUUGGCCCGAUAUGAGUUUCAUUCCUUAUGCCGUUGAUUAUAAUCGUGAUCUAUUUUUCGUCAUUCUCGGAUAUGUCGGAGAUUCAAAUAUUAAAUUUACUCCAUGUGCUUAUUUGUUCAGUGUUUCGAAUUCGACUUUCAAAGUUUGGGAUAAAUGGUUGUACGCACCAUUAACAAAUACUUCAUGGCAAGCAAGUGUAACAAAUCAUGAUGCAGAUAUUUAUUCACCAAAGUAUAGAAUGUCUGUAAAAAUAAAUCAUUUCGGAAAUGAAGUUUUAAUUGGAAUUCCAAUAAUGAAUACAAUUGUUAUACUUCAUAUAAAUCGAAUUAAUCGAACAUUUUCGUCAUCAUUACGAAUGUUAUCUAAUGGAAAAGCUAUUGGAAUGGGGAAAGCAGUUGGUUGGCUCAAUGAAAAUCUUAUUUUAGUCCUGGUAAAUACAUAUUCUCUUAAUUAUAUUUGGUUAUCAUCACAAUUAUUCACAUACAAUAUCACAAAUCCAAAUACUUUCGCUGUUACAUCAAUUUUCCCUAACGUUCAACAAACCUUGUCAUCUUCAUUUGGUCCAAUCUUUCUCUCCUUUUCCAUUACUCAUAAUGGUACUAUUGUUCUGUUAGAUUCUCAAGGUAACUAUUACAUUAUUCUUCCAUCAUCCGCUGGUUCAUUAUCUGACACAAGUACAAACACAAUUUCAUCAUCAACAUUAUGCAUUGGUGGAACUUACAGUGAGAAAUUAGAUGUUUUCGCGUGUUUACUGUGUCCACCAGGUACAUCAACAAAUGGUCUCACAGGUCAAUCAUCAUGUUUACCAUGCAAAAACAAUUCAUUUUGUCCAUUGGGUUCAUCAUUUGGAAACAUAGAUAGUUCAUCUGUAUUACUUUCGUCUAUUAAUCAGGGAACUCCAUAUCCCAUAUCUCCGUUUUCGAUUCGAUUUGAUAAUAUUCUAAUACAGAAUAUGUUUACAAUUCGUAAAUCAAUGUCAAAACAUUGUUUGAGUGUGUCGCCACUCUUUUGGACAAUUAUUGUAAUUGUUUUAGGCUUAAUCAUUUGGCUUGUGCUAUUCGCUCUCAGUCGUUGUGCGAAAGAUUCAAUGGGACACAAAGCGCAUCAACAGAUGAAAAGAUUUUUGAAAAGAACAGAUCUGAUCGGUGAAGGAGAAAUGGUCAUCGGCGGAUUAUUUAGUUUUUCCAUUAUCGUUCUUGUUUCGUUCGCUUAUUCAUUUAGUAAUGCAUAUUUUCAUCGUUAUCCAAUCGAAGACUUGAAAAAUGAAGCGACAUUCGCUUGUGAUCCAACAUUGAAGAAUUCUCAAUUCAGUUCAGGUUUAAUGGCACUUAUGAUUCCUCCAAAUGACGAUGAAAUUCCACUAUUUUCUCUUCUUGAUAGUCAACCAUUUACAUUACACAUCGAUUUUAUCAAUACACUUUUCAAAUGUACUGAUAUAACUGCUUUACAAAUUAAAGACAAUACUUUGCCGAUGCUUAUCUCUUCUUGUCAUGAUGAAGGUGGAAGUAUUUCGAUUUCAUUGGCAUUACCAACACAUUCAAUUAAGAUACAAAUUCUCCUUGAGGGUACGAACACGAUCGGUGCUCUUCGAAUUGGUUUGGAAGCACCUGGUGUGAAUGAAGAAAAUGAAGCAUUCGAAGUUAUUUACAAAGUAUUCGAUCUAAUGUUUGCACAACCAUUGUUCGUUUCCGGAAGAGUACUCACUCAACAACCAUCAUGUGUAUUAACACUAACGAAAGUUAUUAAUCGAACAUAUCCAUUAAUGGAAGAAGAAGAAACAAAAUUAAGUGGAAUGUGGUUACCAACAUUGUCCGGAGAUGUUAAUCAAAUGUUUGUUAAUGAUAUUGAAUAUAAAUAUUCAACAAGUAGUAGUACGAUUCUUUCGAUUACAAUUGAUGAAGCACCAUUUUAUACGUUGAAUGUACAAAAACCGAUUACUGAUGAAGAUGAAUUGAUUUUUAGCAAUUUACUCUUUACAAUUGUUUGUUUGGAAAUUUUUGGUUUGGGAUUUCUCAUUGCAAAACUUAUCAUCAUUCCUUUGAUUAAACAUUUAUAUUUUUAUUUCAAAAAGAAAAACUCAAUGAACAGAAUUGAUGAGAAUAAUCCGAAUACAUGGACACCUUCAUCAGUUCGAAUGUAA